GAUUAGCAAUCUCGCAGCACCCAUGAAGAGCCGACGACUCAGACUGUCGUCAUAAACUCCUCCUCCCUCCUCCAUACGGCAGAGACGACCGUUUCCGUGUCCCCGAAGAGGGACGCAAUUCUCGCGCUACGCGUCGUCUCUUCUCACAAGAGGCGAACAUGUUCGCUGGGUGCUCGGCCCAGUGGCAAAGGGGGACAGGGGUGGGGGCACACUUGCAAGAGGUCUGGUGUUCAAGUCCCGGAAAUUGCAAAAGUGAGAGAGUGAUAGUGUAGAGUAGAACAUAGAAUAGGACAGACCAAAAAAAAAAAAAAAAUACAGGCGAACAGAAGGAGAUGGACAGUGAGACUAAGAUUAAAUGUGAGGCUGCAACUCAGCAGCAGUUGUCAGAAAAGGGAAGGAAACUGAUUGACGACAUUCAAGAAAUUAUCACAAAUUUUCAGUUGGCUUGGAAAGGGGGUCGGACCGGUGAUGCUAAUGUCUUGGUGGAGCAAGUGCUUCAGUCGUUCGGUGAUUUGAAGGCUGAGAUUAAUGCAUCUUCCCCAGCAUCUCCUAUACCUGUUGAUAGCCUUGGAUCAUUCUCAGAGGACAUACAGCGCAUGCUGCAGCUUUGUGACGAGCAAGAUGAUGCGACCAGCACAUUGGUUGAAUGGGCAGGUUUGAAGCCUGAACCUGACACUGACAGCUUUCAAACAGCCACUUUCACAGCAGCUCAGGAGACUGAUUUUGUGAACUUUGAGCUGCAAGGACUUGGUUCUCAAGAAUUCUAUCAAUGUGGGAUCGAUUUAGGCAUGCAUAAUACAGUUGUUAACGACUCAGAUUUGUCUGCUCAGUUGGAUUAUCUCCAUUUUGAUUUCCAUCAAGAUAAUGACCAUGGGCAUUAUGGGGAGGCAAAUGAUGCGAAACAAAUAGGGCAUGAUUUUGGUGCUAACAUUUUGCCUCUCGUCAAUCCUCCACCAUCUGCUUUUUUGGGCCCAAAAUGUGCUCUUUGGGAUUGUCAGAGACCUGCUCAAGGUUCUGAGUGGUGUCUGGACUACUGCAGUACAAUGCAUGCUGAUCUGGCUCUUAGUGAAGCCAGCCCUGGUAUGAAUCCUGUACUGCGCCCCGGAGGAAUUGGUUUGAAGGAUGAUAGGCUACUUUCCUCUCUUAUUGCAAAGAUGCAGGGAAAAAAUGUGGGAAUUCCCGAAUGUCAUGGGGCUGCCAUUGAAAAAUCGCCAUGGAAUGCCUCUAAGCUAUUCGACCUCUCUCUUCUGGAGGGAGAAAACAUCCGGGAAUGGCUCUUCUUUGAUAAGCCGAGGAGGGCAUUUGAAAGCGGAAACAGAAAGCAGAGGUCAUUGUCAGAUUAUAGCGGACGUGGUUGGCACGAAUCAAGGAAGCAGUUGAUGAAAGAACUUGGGGGACACAAGAGGUCCUAUUACAUGGACCCCCAACCUCCAGGGUCUUUUGAAUGGCACUUGUUUGAGUAUGAGGUCAACUCGUCUGACUGUUGUGCAUUAUACAAGUUAGAGCUCAAGCUCGUCAGCGUAAAGAAGAGUCCUAAGGGAAAGGGCGCGAAUGACUCGGUGGUUGAUCUCCAGAAGCAGAUGGGAAGGCUCACUGCCGAUGUUUCCCCUGAAACUAAACAUCCAGUCAAGGGCAGGACGAAGGCUGAUCAGAAGGCUGAUUCUGAAUGCUGAAGAUCAUAUGAUGAUACUCAAAACAUUGUUGAUACCAUAAUUUACUUUACAUGUAGAUAUCUUACAUGCAUAUUGAAGCCAAGUUCCUUCUGUUGCUAAAGUGUAUAAAUUCUAACGCAGGUCAUUGAGUAGUUUUGCCUUUUCAAAAAUAGUAUGUGACCGACAACACCAUCUUUGAUCCAUACAAAACCUGUAAUAUUUAUGAGAAUAUUAAUCUGAGAAUUCUUUUUGGCACUUCUCAUUUAA